AUGUACAUUCACAUUCCGGAUGCAAAUCGUCAAAAACUGGAUGCGAAAGGCCGUCUAUGCAUCUUUGUUGGAUACUGUGGUGCCUCUAAAGCCUACCGUGGAUGGGAUCCGAUUGAGCAAAAGAUAAAGAUAAGUCGUGAUGUCUUAUUCGAUGAACAGCCGCACCUUCUACCACUAUGGAUAAAAGAAGGCGAUGAGCAACCUAACAAAUUCCAUGAAGAUUACCAAAUGGAUGAUCAAAUGGAACCAACUCCUAAUUUUUCUCAACUCAACCAUACUGUCCUGGAAAAGAAAAAACCAUCAGAGCAACCAACUAAAAUCAUGAAUGAAGAUGGCAACAACGACAAUAAUCAACCCCUGACAGAAGUCAUAGCUGAACCACCAUGA